CAGCCCCAGCCCCGGUUCCGGUUCCUCCUGCUCCCCGCCCUGCUCUCUCCACCCAGCCCCAGCCCCGGUUCCGGUUCCUCCUGCUCCCCGCCCUGCUCUCUCCACGCAGCCCCAGCCCCGGUUCUUCCUUCUCCCCGCCCUGCUCUCUCCACGCAGCCCCAGCCCCGGUUCUUCCUUCUCCCCGCCCUGCUCUCUCCACGCAGCCCCAGCCCCGGUUCCUCCUGCUCCCCGCCCUGCUCUCUCCACGCAGCCCCAGCCCCGGUUCCUCCUGCUCCCCGCCCUGCUCUCUCCACCCAGCCCCAGCCCCGGUUCCUCCUGCUCCCCGCCCUGCUCUCUCCACCCAGCCCCAGCCCCGGUUCCUCCUGCUCCCCGCCCUGCUCUCUCCACCCAGCCCCAGCCCCGGUUCCUCCUGUUCCCCGCCCUGCUCUCUCCACCCAGCCCCAGCCCCGGUUCCUCCUGCUCCCCGCCCUGCUCUCUCCACGCAGCCCCAGCCCCGGUUCCUCCUGCUCCCCGCCCUGCUCUCUCCACCCAGCCCCAGCCCCGGUUCCUCCUGCUCCCCGCCCUGCUCUCUCCACCCAGCCCCGGUUCCGGUUCCUCCUGCUCCCCGCCCUGCUCUCUCCACGCAGCCCCAGCCCAAGGCUUCAGGGCCCCUCUGCAGCGCCCGCUGCCGGACCCGGGACUCCGGAGGAGGAUGGUGGGCGCCAGGGGCAGACUCCGCCCCAGGGCCGGACUGAGCCUCUCCCGGGCCCGACGCCCACCCACGUGGUCUGAGCUCUCCUGCCCUGGAGACGGGCUCUGAGGGGCAGAGGGCGGGGACAGACCUGACUGGCAGCGAUCGCCGCCAAUCCCCGCGCGCAGAGAUUAACCCUGUGCUGGCCGGGGCAGAAGCUUUGUGUGGGGGAACGGGGCUCCCGAGUUCCCCUGCGGCCGGGCGGGGAGCUGGGGCCUGGCGUGCUAGGGGGCAGGGAGCUAGGGUUACAGGUCACAGUGCAUGUGAAGGUUGGGGACGUGACCCCAGAGGAGAUGGAUGCCCCUGAAGCAUUAUGGGAAUCUCAGAGCCCCCAGCUGGAGCCACUACAGCCCCAUCCCGCAUGGGGAACCACGGAGGAGACGGCACUGAGGAAUUACGAGCUGCCAAGCGCCCCUGAAAAGGAGCCCAGAGUUGGACAAGAAAUGGCAGGUGCUGGAAUCCUGAGCCAGGCUGAAGAGAAGCCUCGCAACGAAGGGCCUGAAAUGGUGCUGCCCCCCAGCGUAUCUCAGAGUGGAUCAGGGGAGAGCGUUACCCACACACCUGAGCAGGGAGGAGCCUGCAAGAGGCAGAAGAAGAUCCCAGCAGGGAAGGAGCCAGGCCUCCCAGAGGAACAAUGCAGUAGAUUCAGGACACUAACCCAGCUCCUUCCGCAGGGGAGACCUCAGACCACAGGGGACCUUCACCAAGAGCAAUACCAUAGAUGUCGAGACUGUGGGGAAAGCUUCAGGGAAAAGCAGGAGCUCAUGGCUCAUGGCAAGGUCCAUGAGAAAGAGAGACGUUAUCCCUGCGCCGAAUGUGGGAAGAGAUUCAGCUGUCCAGCGCAUCUCAAAACCCACCAGAGAAGCCACACGCGCGAGAAGCCCUACUCGUGUGGAGAGUGCGGGAAACUGUUUGGCUAUCUCUGCACGCUGACUACGCACCAGAGAACCCACACAGGGGAGGGCUUGUUCCCCUGUGACGAGUGCGGGAAAACUUUCACCAGCUCCUCGGACCUCAGCAAGCACCAGCGCUCCCACACGAGCGAGCGGCCCUACCCCUGCACCGAGUGCGGGAAGCGCUUCAACCGGCUCUCCAACCUGAAGAUGCACCACAGGACUCACACGCAGGAGAGGCCCUACCCAUGUACUGAGUGCGGGAGACGCUUUGGCCACCUCUCCACGCUCGUGAGGCACCGGAGAGCCCACACAGGGCAGAGACCCUUCCCCUGUGUGGAGUGUGGCAAGACCUUCACCACCAGGACAGGGCUGAGCAAGCACCAGAGAAUCCACACAGGCAAGCGGCCCUACCCCUGUGGGAAGUGUGGAAAACGCUUCGGCUACCUCUGCGCUCUGACCACACACCAGCGACUGCACACGGGGGAGAGACCCUUCUCCUGUGCUGAGUGCGGGAAAACCUUCACCAGCCCUGCGGACCUGACCAAGCACCAGCGCUCCCACACGGGUGAGCGGCCCUACCCCUGCGCUGAGUGUGGGAAACACUUCAGCCAGCUCUCCACCCUGACAGUGCACCAGAGGACUCACACACAGGAGAAGCCCUACCCCUGUGCCGAGUGCGGGAAGAGCUUCAAGUACCUGGCUUACCUCACCAUUCACGAGCGCUCCCACACCGGGGAACGGCCCUUCCCCUGCGCCAAGUGUGGGAAGAGCUUCAGCAACAAGUCAGCUCUCACCCGGCACCAGAGAAUCCACGUCAGAGCUGCAGCUGUGGAUGAGAGCUGCUGUGCCCAUCCCCGUGGAGUGAGGUCGCCGGGCUCCGGCUGCCCCCGCUCCCGGAGACCGGCCCAGCUGGGCGGGGCGGGGCCGGAUCUGACUGACAGCGAUCGCUGCCAAUCCCCGCGCGGAGGGAUUAACCCUGCGCUGGCCGGCGCGGAAGCUCUUUGUCUAGGGAACUGGGCCGGCCUCCCUGCGUCCAGGCGGGGUGGUGUGCUCCUGGGUCUCCACAUCCAGGCUCCGCGAGAGAAUAUGGAAAUGGCAGAUCCAAUGGGCCCAAAAGCAGGGAAUGAGCUGGAGAGAGACGGGAAGCAGCCAGUCCUGGGACCAACCAUCUCAGUAAGUCCUCGAUGGCAGCUGAGGACUGAGCAGUGUGACAGGAUGUCCCGGUAUUGGAAAGAUCAAUUUCAGGAGGAGCUACAGAGCUUACGGACACCUGUUGUGGCUAUGCCGACAUCAGUCCCUGCGUCAAAAAACCCUCCACUGCUGGAGCUGACCCCAGAGGAGGAUAUUGAGGCCUAUCUGGCUUCCUUCGAGCAAGUGGCUGAAGCCUGCCAGUGGCCCAGAAAAGAGUGGGUGACCCGCCUUGUGCCGGCCCUCAGUGGAAAAGCUCGGCAGGCCGUUAGCAGCCUGGAUGCCAGAGACGCUGGAGAUUACGGGAAGGUGAAGGCAGCCGUCCUGCGAGGCUGCAACCUUGGCACAGAGACACAGCGCCAGCGCUUCAGGCAGUUCCGCUACCAGGAGGCCGAGGGGCCCCGGGCAGUUUUCUGCAGACUCUGGGAACUCUCCCAUCGAUGGCUGAAGCCGGAGAGCCGCACCAAGGAGCAGAUCAUGGAGCUGCUGAUCCUGGAGCAGUUCCUGACCAUCCUGCCGGAAGAAAUCCAGAGCUGGGUUUCUGAACACUGCCCAGAGACGUGCGCCCAGGCAGUGUCCCUGGCCGAGGAUUUCCAGGUCACAGUGCAUGUGAAGGUCGAGGACGUGACCCCAGAGGAGAUGGAUGCCCCUGAAGCAUUAUGGGAAUCUCAGAGCCCCCAGCUGGAGCCACCACAGCCCCAUCCCGCAUGGGGAUCACCGGAGGAGGUGGCACUGAGGAAGUACGAGCUGCCAGGCGCCCCUGGAAAGGAGCCCCGAGUUGGACGAGAAAUGGCAGGUGCCAGGAUCCUGAGCAGGACUGAGAAGCAGCCUCACAGCGAAGGGCCUAAAAACCUGCAGCCCCCCAGCGUAUCACUGCAGGAUUCAGGAGAGAGCAUUAACCACAGACCUGAGCAGGAAGGAGCCUGCAAGAGGCAGAAGAGGAGCCCAGUGGGGAAUGAGUCAGAUCCCCUAGGGGAAUGUGAGAGUGGAUUCAGGAGACUAAUCCAACCUCCUGCACCGGGGAGACCUCGGACCACAGGGGACCUUCAAAAUCAGAACAGCAUUCACAGGACAGAGAAGCCCCAUAAAUGUCGAGAUUGUGGGGAAAGGUUCUGGGAGAAGCAGGCACUCACGGCCCAUGGGAGAGUCCAUGGGAAAGACAGACCAUAUCCCUGUCCUGAAUGUGGGAAGAGUUUCAACAGACUGACCCAUCUCAAAACGCACCGGAGAACCCACACGGGAGAGAAACCCUAUUUCUGUGCCGAAUGUGGGAAGAACUUCGGCCACCUCUCCACGCUCAUUACACACCAGAGGCUGCACACAGGGGAGAGACCCUACUCCUGUGACGAGUGUGGGAAAACUUUCACCAACCCCUCGGACCUCAACAAGCACCAGCGCUCCCACACUGGCGAGCGGCCCUACCCCUGCGCCGAGUGUGGGAAGCGCUUCAGCCAGCUCUCCAACCUGACGAUGCACCAGAGGACUCACACGCAGGAGAAGCCCUAUCCCUGCGCUGAGUGCGGGAAGAGCUUCAAGUACCUGGCUUACCUCACCGUUCAUCGGCGCUCCCACACUGGGGAACGGCCCUUCCCCUGCACCGAGUGUGGGAAGAGCUUCAGUCACAAAUCCUCUUUGGCCCGUCACCUGAGAAUCCACGCCAGAGCUGCAGCCAUGGACAACCUGUUACAGCAGCGUUCACACGAGUCCCAGAGCGGGGCGGGGACGGCAAAUCCCAUCCAGGAGCAGCCGCCCGAGCCCGGCCCCUGGCAGAGCCCGUGCGCCUGGUGCCGAGGGCCGGACCCCGGCCAGGCACCGCCCCACUCUCCCGCCCGGAUUCCCCCGGGCCGAGCUGCGCAGCCCGGCUCCGCCCUCCCCGCUCGCAGCGCCGGGCAGACGCCAGCUCCGGCCGUGGGGCCGGCUGGGAAGCGGCGGAGGCAGCGCCGGGAAGGGUUAAGCCGGCCUCUGCGGCUGACUGACAGCGCUGGUGGCCAGUCCUGGCCGCGCAGAGGGGGGAUUAACCCUGCGCUGGCCGGGGGGAGUUCCUGUCUCCAGGCCCGGCUGGGAAAGGAGCCGCCGCGUUCCUUUGUGUCCGGGGUCCUGCACGCCCAGGUCCUGCGGAAAGCGGGGCUGGGAAAAGGCCGAACCCCAAAACAGAGAGCGGUUGCAGAGCAGGCGGGCCAACAGCCCCUGCACCUCCAGGUCCAGGCUUUGCUGCAGCAGGUGGGGCCCACUAAAGAGAAAAUGGAAAAGCGAGAUCCCAUGGAACCAGGACUGGGGAAGGAAUCCGAGCGGGCUGCAAAAGAUCCCGUGGUGGCACCCCCCAUCUCAGUAACUCCCAGAUGGUCCCGGAUUAGAUUACAUCAGGUCAAGACGGAGCCACAAGAAGGAAUGUCCCAGCGACGGCAGGUGCUGCAAGCCCGACAGGCCUCUCCUGAAAUUGUGUCAGCUCCAGACCCUGCCUUGGGAAACCCUCAACUGCCGGAGCUCACGCCAGAGGAUGACAUCGAGGUCUAUCUGGCUUCCUUCGAGCGAGUGGCUGAAGCCUGCCACUGGCCCAGAAGAGAGUGGGUGACCCGACUCCUGCCCUCCCUCACUGGAAAAGCCCAACAGGCCAUUAGCAGCCUGGAUGCCAGAGACGCCCGAGACUAUGGGAAGGUGAAGGCAGCCAUCCUGCGAGGCUGCAACAUCAGCACGGAGAUGCAGCGCCUUCACUUCAGGCAGUUCCGCUACCAGGAGGCCAAAGGGCCCCAAGAGGUCUGCAGCCGCCUGCGGGAACUCUCCCAUCGAUGGCUGAAGCCGGAGAUCCGCACCAAGGAGCAGAUCAUGGAGCUGCUGAUCCUGGAGCAGUUCCUGACCAUCCUACCCGAGGAAAUCCAGAGCUGGGUCUGGGUACGUCACCCGGAGACCUGCGCCCAGGCCGUGUCUUUGGCAGAGGAUUUCCAGCUGGGACAGCGAGAGGCUGGAGUGUGGGAGCAGCAGGUCACAGUGCGUGUGAAGGUCGAGGAAGUGACCCCAGAGGAGGUGGAGACCCCUGAAGCAUUAUGGGAAUCUCAGAGCUCCCAGCUGGAGCCACUACAGCCCAAUACCACAUGGGGAUCCCAGAAGGACGUGGGACGGAGCAAGUACAAGUUGCCAAGUGCCCCUGAAGAGGAGACCGAAGCUCUACAGGAAACUGCAGGUGCCAAAAUCCUGAGCAGAGCAGAGGAACAGCCCAAUUUGGGAGAGCAAGAAAACCUGGAUCUGGCCCGAACGUCGCAAGGUGGAUCAGGAGAGAGUGUCGCCUGCAGACCUGAGCGGGAAGAAGCCUGCAAGAGGCAGAAGAGAAACCCAGCUGGGACCGAGCGAGUUCUGCCAAGGGUGUUCCCACAGCUCCCUGCUCAAGGGACACCUGGGGCCGUAAGAGACCUUAAAAGCCAGGAGAGCAGCGUUCACAGGAUGGAGAAACCCCACAGAUGUCGAGACUGCGGGGAAAGGUUCUGGGAGAAGCAGGACCUCAUGGCCCAUGGGAGAGUCCAUGAGAAGGACAGACCCUAUCCCUGUCCUGAAUGUGGGAAGAGCUUCAACAGACUGACCCAUCUCCGAACCCACCAGAGAACCCACACGGGAGUGAAACCUUACUCCUGUGGGGAGUGUGGGAAAAGCUUUGGCCAUCUCUCCACGCUGACCACGCACCAGAGACUGCACACAGGGGAGAGACCCUACUCCUGUGCUGAGUGUGGGAAAACCUUCACCAACCCCUCGGACCUCAACAAGCACCAGCGCUCCCACACAGGUGAGCGGCCCUACCCCUGCGCCGAGUGUGGGAAGCGCUUCAGCCAGCAAUCAAAUCUGACAAUGCACCAAAGAAGCCACACCGAGGACAGACCGUACCCCUGCACCGAGUGCGGGAAGAGCUUCAAGUACCUCGCUGAUCUCACCGUGCAUGAGCGCUCCCACACAGGCGAGCGGCCCUUCCCCUGCCCUGAGUGCGGGAAGAGCUUCAGUAACAAAUCCUCUCUGGCUCGUCACCAGAGAAUCCACGCCAGAGCUGCAGCCAGAAACAAGUGAGACCUGCCAGCCGAGAGCGCCACUCCAGCUGUGUGUGUAUAAUAAUGUGAAGUAGAGGAAUGGAAACAGUUAGUGCAGGAAAUGGGAGAAAUCAGCCCCCUUCUCCCAGUACCAGUUCCAUCCCUCCCUCACAAACUCCAUGAGGUGGAUUAAGAACCAUGAGAACAGAGGGUGGCUUCACCUUAUGCUCUGAGGAGUCCCAGCCCCUGAAACCCCCGAGCAGGGACUUCUCCCUUACCUACUCUAUGUAGCAGUUGAGCAACCUGUCUCUCGUGUCCACAUGAACAUUAAUUAAUCUGCUCUGGUUUCCCUGUAGCUUCUCUAAGGGCUGGGCUGCAGCCUACUACAGGCUCUCUGUAUUUCUGCUGUUUUGGGAUUGGGGUGGGGGUGUGUGUUUGCAAUAACCUAGGGACUUGCCCGGGUUGUGAGCAGGUCACUCAAGAUAGGGAAGGGAUUUCUCCCAGGAAGGCUCAAGAUCCCUCAGCUCCAUGAGGAAAAAGAACCAAAGAAUUCCUCAAGGGCUGCUGCUUACGUCGAACUCACAAGGAGGCAUCAGACCCAGCACUGCUGGGAACUGUGGAUCCAGGGGGAGGUGUUUGGCCACAUCUGUGUCAACCAGCUCUGCCUCUGUGGCUGCACAAUCACCCUCUCCACACUCCAGACUUUUCAAGCCCUCCGAUGUCACUCUGUAACUAUGCCCAAACUCUGCCACAUCGUCCCAUCUCCUGCUUUCCUGAGAGGAGUUUCCUGCUAUUUCCUGUCCCAAACUAAGCAUUUAUGUUUGCUGUGUAAUGAAUCUUGUGUGUUUAUUCAUUGCCUCCUUAGUUUGCUGCUCCUGCCCUGCUCGCUGCCAUGUUAACUCUUUAUUUACUGCUCUGUCUCUGCAGUGUGCUUUUUUUUUGUCCAUACUGUGUGACUGUUCAGCUGCCCAUCAGUACAACUAUUGCUUUAGCUGUUUCUGGCGAGAUUUUGAGCAUGUAGCCUUGAUCCUGCAAUGAGGUCCCCGCAAGCAAGAUCAGGGCCUUUAUUUUUAUUGACUGACCUACCUCGUCUGCUGCUUUUCUGAAUUUCUGGUAUUUUUUAGUUGAAUCAUGUGAACAGUCAUUGUAAUUAAGUGAAUAGUGUUCAUUAUUGGUUAUUGUUCUACAUACUUAAUUCUUACUAGUCACUUGACACUGUCUAACUGCAUUAUUAUGUCCCUUAAUUAGCUUUCUUGUGUCAUUUG